CAUUGAGAGGGGGGUCAGAAUAUCCACCUCCUUCACCAGUCCCGCACACGCCUCUGCCACUCUCGUAGCCUCCUCCCCCUCCCCACUCCCGCCUCGCCCCCCUUUCGUUACCUCUCUCCCUCUCUGUCCUCGCCUCGAUCUUUGCUCUCCCUUUCCCUCUUGUCCUGCCCACCGAGCACCGAAGUCGCCGGACAUUCGGGCUUGCCGUGUCCUCUUCAUUCGGCAUCGACCAAUGAGGCCCGCUGUCAAGGCAAGCACGCUGCUGAUCUUCACGCUCGGAUUCCUGUCGGGCUAUUUCUUUCCCUCCAUCUCCUCCUGGGUCUCGGAGCUUUCGCUGGCGUCGAUCUCCUGGCGCCAAACGCUGCCGACCUUUGCCUCGCUCGCUGGACUGUGCCUGGUGUUUGCCCUGUUAAUUGUGGUGCCGCUCGUGCGCUUGGUCGAGAAAGAGCGUGACUUCUCCAACGCGCGACUGCAACAAGCCGGCUACCCCUGUCACGUUUCGGAUCCACUUCCGGUGUCACGCUUGCCGGGCCUUUUAAUUUGACCGCCCCUCUGGAACAUGGCCACGCACGAUCCUCGGCCGAGCGCCGGCGACUCGGGGCCAGCCAUCAUUUUCUGGCCCACCGACCUCAGGCUCCAGGACUGCUCCCCGGGCUUGCUUCUUGGCUGGCGUCAGGCCGGGGCCACUUGCAUCAGUGCAGUGCUGCCACUGGAGGGUCGGACGCCGAGCGAGGCCGAGCAGGCAGCCACUGGGGCCCUGCAUGGCUGGCCGUCCCCCUGGAAGUUGGUAGCACCCAUAGUUUUGCCGGGGCCGGUGUGCACGCCGGACAGCUAUGAGCCCGCCAUUGUGGGUGUCUGGCUUGGGGACAGUCAGGCCGGUCCCGAGCCGUUUUCCGCCCGAUCCAUGGCAGCCGAGUUCCCGUUGGCGCUCGGCCGGGCGACGGGUGUGCCUCCCACGUCUGAUGCCGGACUACCGAUUGUCAUCAGCGGCAUGCGGACGGCCGGGUCUCGCUCGCAUGUAAUCGCCUAUUCGGCCCAUCAGCUGCAUGGUCGAAUGCCCUUCAUCCGCGCAUGCUUGCACGAGGCCUUUGUCUCUGGUUCGACGGAGGCGCCGGAGGGCGAAGCAGCCGGCCCCCGGGCGGCCCUUGCCACUCACCUGACCGACAAGGUGUUUGAGCCCCGGCCGCCUCGGGACCCGGCUUCUGGGGCUCUGUCACCGAUGUUGCCGCUUCUGGCUCUCAGCCUUUCCCUGCAUCAGUACAUUGCCCGGGGAUCAGCGGCACAGGCCACUGCCGGGGAGGAAUCCUCCCCCGGAGCUGUCGAGCGCCUGGUCUUCCAGCUGUUGCUCCUCUGGCACACCGCGUGCGAGUACCUUCUUCGGUUUCUAUCGAUGGGUCCCUCUCCGCCACUGCUCUUUCCGCGGUCGCCCUCGUAUGUUCAUUAUCGGCCCCAGGAGGAUGGCAUCCACACUUGGACCGAGCCCAAGCAUCCCAUCCGGACGGCGGCUGCACCGUCGGGCGCAGCUCGCCCGGCAUCUGGCGAUCGAAGCCCGGAUGACGUACACGCUGGUGGCCCGGCUUCCGGGGCCUGGCCGUCUCCCAACAACUGGCGCGUGCCGUUGACACCGAGGUCACUGCUGACCAGUGCGCGCCUUGUGUCUCUCUGGCUGGAGCGCUCGAUGUCUUGGACGGAGCAGCUUCUGUCCGACAUGUCUUGCGCACGACGUCUCCUGGCCGAGCGUGGCCCCGGACAAGCUCGCAUCCUCUCGAUUGGUCAAGUUUUGGCCUCCUCCAUGUCGAUUUGCCUCAUGGACGCUCUCUUGGCCUUCACGCUGGACAUUGUCUUUGGUUGGCUGGCUGGCCGGUGGCUUCUAGCUCACUCUGAUGCGGUGGUCCACCAUCUGUACAGCUUCUUCGUGGAAUAUGGCGAUCGCCGCAUCGAAUCGGCCAUCCUCUGGCUGAUGUCGGCUCGUCCCGGAGGCAUUAAGGUUGAUCCGUAUAUCUCCCAUGCCAUCGGGCAAAUUUGUCUGGCUAUUUUGGGCCUCUGGCGGCCCGUCCAAAUGUCCCUUCUCUCUCGGCUUCCUCAGCUCCUGGCUGGUGUUGGGGCCUUCCCCCUGCCAUUGUCCCUUUUGGUGUCCUUGAGUGCGGACUUUGUGUCGCUCCUACUCACGGCGCACAUCGGCCUGGUGUUUGCGGCCUUUCGCACGGCGCACGCGGCCAUUUUGACCCUGGCUCCGGGGAUCCUGCGCCUGGCACUGGGGCUGCCGUACUGGAAUUCCCGCCGCCAGCAGUAUGAUCAGCUGUCUCCAGGCCCGGGACUGUCGACCUGGCUGGUGGCAAUGGCCCUGUCGGCCGGGAUUGUGGCCAUCGGCCCGGUGGUGGCGGCCUACUACCUGGGCGCCUCCCUGGCGGCCGGGCUAUUGAUCCUGAUUCCGGUGCUGGUGCAGCUGGUGGUCCACUCACUAUUGAGUGGCGGCACAUCGACCGGUGGCUUGCGCUUUGCCAGUGGCCUGCAGCACCUUCUCGGUGGGGGCCAUUGCUUUGGCACGGUUUCUGUCGUGCCGCUGAAUGGCAGCACCGGCAAUUGCCGGUAUUCCGGGCUGACCCUCGCCCGGCGGGGCCUGGUCGCGGGGCUCCUUUCCCAUGGGUCGCCUUUCAGCCAGCGGCCGGACGCCUACCGAACAUUGGUCGCACGAGAGCUGCGCCUGGUGAUGGCUCUGGAUGCCGGGGCGACUGCCUCCGGGGGCCCGGUGGUGGACGCAGACGGCGAGGCCGGUGCUGCUCGGCAUCCGGCCCCGGGGUUUUGGGAGGCGCUCGGCAGUGUGGCGCGCAAUUUGGCCCUCGGCCGUCGGACAUUCAUGGUCGGCCAUGAUCGCCUCAGCCACAUCCGCCUGCGGCUAUUUUCCAUCCGCCAGGGGCGCCCGGUGACGGUGACCGGGGCCCACCCUGGCAGCGAGCCGGCCUUUUCGCCGGCCAACAGCCCGGCGGCCUACCGCGCGCAAAUUCGCCGGGACCUGGCGAUGGCCGCCGCGCCUGUGCCCGUCACCGCCCGAAACAUUCAAUAGACGCCCCUGCAUGCGCGCCCUA